AUGAACGCCGCCACGAUUGCCAUCAUCUUCAUCUCGGCCCUCGUGCUCGCCCAGUCUGCCCCGACUACUACGGUAAACGACAGCCGCCACAACGAUGCCCCUCGCGGCCGCCUCUGCCAGCAACUCCUCGAUGAAUGCCGUGAGUUUUGCCAGAUUUCUAGCAAAAACAAGAUGAUCGGCGUCCGGAAUCGAACCUCGGCCUUG